AUGCUGUAUGCGCACACCGCCGGGCUCUUCCUGGACUGGUCCUGGUUGGCGCUGUGCUGCGCGCCACCCGCGCUGCUCCUGCUCCUGCUCACCGGAUGCCUCCUGGUCGAGUCUCCCCGGUGGUUGCUCUGCCACCACAGGCGACAGCGGGCCCUGGAAGCCUUGCUUAGCGUACGCACAGCUGGAUACGAGGCUGCGACGGAGGUCGAGUUCGAGGCGAUCGCCGCCAUCUUUCCCCACUACAACACGCCGCCUGUGCACUACAUGCUCGCCGUACUCGUGAUGGGUGCCCAGCAGUUAAGUGGUAUCAACUGCGUGUUGCUCUCCGCUACAAACCUGGCACCCAAGGAGGAAUCCAUGAACAGCCUCACCGCACUGGCACUCAUUCAGUCCCUGGUGGCGUCUCUCGUGGUGCCUUUCCUGGACUUGGCGGGUCGGCGCAAGUUGCUCAUCCUCUCCACUGUGGUGUGCUCUGGUAGCCUGGUCACGUUGGGCCUGGUCUACUACCCUUUCUCCCAUACAGUGAAUAGUGGCGGCAAAACAACAUCGCCGGAUGCCUCAGAAUCGGUGGUACCAGUCGCGACCGCUUCCACUUCACACGAGUCAAACGCGGUAACGUUUGCCAUACAGGCCUUUUUGGUUGCUGGCUACUCUGCCGGCCUAGGUCCAGUGCCAUGGAUCCUUGCUGUGGAGUUGACUCCGUUGCGUGGCUCUGGCAUGGAGUUGGGCAGCGUGUACGCCGCCAGCUGGGCUGCCUUCUUCGUGACAGCGAACUACUUCUCCACAUCGAGUACGAUGCAUUGGCUGGCAAUCACGCUGUGGGUGUACAGCUGUCUGACUCUCACCAGCGGUCUCUUGUUUCUGGCUCUCCUGCCAGAGACUGCGCAUGCGUCCAUCGAGGACGUGCUGCUCGUGGGCCAAGAAGUAAAGUACCACCACAAGGAUUCGAUACGACACACCGCAAAAACACAGGAGCAGGCCUCGAAGCAAGACGUGGAAGCCGUCCCUCGACCCGCACCGCAGCCGACCAACGCCGUCGCAGCACCACCGGGACAUUCGAUCAAAGCCGCACCGCCGAAGAGGCAGAAACGACCGUCAGUGGCCGCCAGCCGCUCGUCCGCCAUGUCCCGGUCGAGGUGUAGUGAAGCCUUCAGGCGGGCUCACGGCAUGGGCAACCCGAGAAGGCCGUUUUGGGGCGCUCGACUUCUGUGGCACCGAUGCACGAAGGACGAAAUCCCGGAUCCCGAGUUGGCUCAUAGGAAAACGUCGCUGCGGCCACAGUGA